AUGAAGUUCAACACCCUACUUGGCCUAUCUGUGGCUGCGACAACAGCUUCUGCCUGUUCUUUCUCGCAUGUCAUCGCGGACAACCACCGUUCAAACUCCUUUGAAUACGUGCGCCCCAGCAACGGAACCAACCUGGGCCGAGAUGCCUAUCUCAACGCCGACUUCCGCUGCAACAGUGGCGUCUAUUCCGGCCUCAACCGCACCAAGGUCUUGCAGGUGAAGGCAGGCACGGAGAUUGGCUUUGCAACUGAGAACAACCUCCUGAACUACGCUGCAGGUCCCCUGUCCGUCUAUCUGUCCAAGGCCCCUACCGAUGUCCGAUUCUACGAUGGAUCAGGCGAAUGGUUCAAGGUCCAUGAGCUUGGACCUAAGUCGUUUACCCAGCAGGGUAUCGAGUGGAGCUCGUUUGGUGUCGCAGAGGUUUCAUUCACUCUCCCUGAGGAUCUUCCAUCGGGCCAGUAUCUGCUUCGCAUUGAGCAAAUCGGAUUUGGGGAUCAGGAAGGUGACCGCGAGUUCUUUGUCAACUGUGCUCAGAUCAAGGUGCACGGCCAUGUUAGGCGGUGGAAGAAGCAGGACACUGUCACGAUUCCUGGAAUCUACAAGGGAUCAGAAGCCGCUCUCAACUACGUUAAUGGCACUGUCGUCACCAGCUAUGAAAUGCCAGGACCC